CGCCAAACAGCCUGAAUCCGUCGGCUGGCGAAGUUUUGGACCCCAAAGGUCAGCAUCUACCCUCCAUCAGGCCUCCUAGAUUCUCUUGUGUAGUAUCAUCACAAGUUAAGCCCAUGAUGGAUUCGCCGGAGGCUUACUUGCAUGACGACCGCACGGUUCGUCGAGCUUGGUGUGCUUUUCACUCGUGCUGAUCUGGCUCGCCCCCCACCCAUUCCUGAUUCCUUCAGCUGUCACCACCAUGUCUGGUCUGACGAAGGGGGAUGGUCUUUAAAAUCCAAGAACCCUUCCUUCAGACCGUACGGUCUGCUGCCCUGCUCUGCUGAGCAACCGUUGCAGUUGUCUGGCCAUGGAUUACAACACGCCAGCCGUCGCACCGCCGCCCGGGGUGGUCCCCAACUUCGACAACCCGCCAUCCCAGCGGACGGCGAUCAUCGUGCUGCAGUCGAUUUUCCUGUUUCUCGCGCUACUGGCGGUGUCCGCCCGCGUCUGGGCGCGGACAUGUAUCAUCAAAUUCUGGGGCGCCGAAGACACAACUUGUAUCCUUGCGGCAUGCGGUUCGAUCGCGCAUAUGACGCUCUACACACAGACCCUCCCCUUGGGUAUCGGACGACACAUGUGGGACGUACGAGCGAUCAACCUCAUCGAUCCCUCCUCGACCCGCGUCCUCGACGCAGGCGGCAUCACCUUCCCGUGGACGGUCUGCUUCGCCAAGAUCUCAAUCCUCCUGCUGUACAAGCGCGUGUUCCCGCUGCACCGCGAGAUCGUCGCCACCUGGAUCGGCAUCGUCGCCGACGCGGUGCUCUACACGUUUUGUAUCGCCGUCGCCAUCGGCAGCCUGGUACAGUGUGCGGAGUUGUCGCAGCUGGAGGCGCCCUACUGUAAGUUUACGUCCGGGACGAUGAUCACGAUCCAGUCGGUGAUCAACGUGGUGACGGAUUUCUACGUGCUCCUGCUGCCGAUCCCGCGGCUGCUCAAGCUGCAGGUCAGUCGGCGGCGGCGGAUCGGGCUGCUGGUGACGUUUAUGAGUGGUCUUGGCGCCUGCGCGGCUAGUCUGGCGCGGCUGGUGAAUUUCCAGCUGAACGACAGCUCGGAUGUGUUUUGGACGACGGGGCGGAAUGCGCAAUUUACGAUCGUCGAAAUGAACAUCGCCAUCAUCGUCGCCUGCGCCACCUCCUUCCCCAUGUGCUUCGCGCGCCUCCGCUCCCUCACUUCCUCCUUCUACAACUCGGCCGUCUCCCUGCUCCAGAGCGGGAGCCGGGAGACGCCCAAGGUCAGCGAGACGGGGGACGGGGUGCCGCGGAGCCACCUCUCGAGGUCGUAUCGUAGGCUCCUGAUAGGUGUCCCCGUCCUCAUCACCGGCGGCAACGGCUUCAUCGCCUACCACAUCAUCGCCAAAAUCCUGGAGACUGAACCGGAGUGCACCAUCCACUCCAUCGACAUAAACACCUCGCGCAACCGCCACGCCGCGCCCAACGUGCACUACCACCACGGCGACAUGGCUCGUGCAGCCGACGUGCAGCGCAUCAUGCAACUCGCGCGCCCAUCGACCAUCUUCCACACCGCCUCGCCCGAGUUCUCCGACGAGCCCGAAUCCGCCUACCGGGGGAUUGUUGUCGAUGGCACACACCACCUCCUCGCCGCCGCGCAGGCAGUGGGCACCGUGCGCGCCCUCGUCAACACUUCCACGUCGGGCGUCAUCAACGACAACCACACCGACCUCGUCGACGCGACCGAGGACUCACCCAUCCUGCGCCCGCCGGCGCAGCAGCGACUGUACUGCAUCGCCAAAGCGGACGCCGAGGACGCCAUCACCGCCGCGAACCGCACCUCCGCCACCGGACCGGCCGAUGACAACGGCCUCCUGACGUGCGCCAUCCGCCCGGCCCUCGCCUUCGGCGAACGCGACCACGGCACCCUCGGCAAGAUGUACGCCGUCGCGCGCCAGGGCAAGCUGCGCUUCCAGAUGGGCGAUGGCCGGAAUCUGUACGAUUUCGUGUACGUGGGGAAUCUGGCGGAGGCGCAUCUCCUGGCGGCCCGGAAACUGCUGGCCGCGUGGGGUCAACCCGCCGUUGUGGACGGGAGAGUCGAUGGCGAGUGUUUCCACGUCACGAACGAGGAGCCCUGGCUGUUUUGGGAUUUCCAGCGCGAGGUCUCCCGGCUGGUGGGCAAGCCGGUUCGAAAAGAGGAUGUGGUGGUCAUCCCCAAGUGGGUCGGGCUGACGAUCGGGUUUGUGAAUGAGUGGGUCGCCUGGGUGGUCUCGGGUGGCACGAGGAAGGCGAAUAUGACCCGCGAGGGGAUAAGGUUUAGUACGUUGGUUAGGACGCUGAAUGGGGGCAAGGCGAGACGGGUGUUGGGGUAUCAGCCGAGGGUUGGGGUGAGGGAGGGGUUGGAGAGGAGUGUGCGGUGGUUCGUGGAGAAUGAUGAGGCCGCGAAGGGGGAGAAGGAGGAUUAAGGGGGCUGGAUUGUUGGUUUGCGGGGUUAGAGUGGUUAGUCGAUUGAUUGAUCGAUUGAUUGAUUGAAUUUGAGCUUUGUACUCUUGAUUGCGAUUUCUUGGCAAGGGUCUUUCUGAGUUGCAGGGGCGAUCUGAAUGUACAGCUCUUUCUUCUACUUUAUCUGGUAUUGUUAUGUAUUAGGAACGGGCAAAGGUAGAAGAUGGAGAGAAAAUGCUAAGCUAGAAAUAGGAAAGCGAGAGAGGAUGUUCUUAUGUUCUGUCCUGUUUGAUACCAGAUGUCUCCAUGGAAGUGUAGUACAU